CAGGCCCCGCCCCGGCCCGCGCACCGCCCCCGCCCCGGCCCUUGAGCUUCCCGAGCCCCGUUGCCGCCAUCAUGAUCUGCCUGGUGCUGACUAUCUUCGCCAAUCUCUUCCCGGCGGCGUACACCGGCGUGCACGAGCGCACCUUCUUGGCCGUGAAGCCCGACGGCGUGCAGCGGCGGCUCGUGGGCGAGAUCGUUCGGCGCUUCGAGAGGAAGGGCUUCAAGCUGGUGGCGCUGAAGCUGGUGCUGGCCUCGGAGGAGCUGCUGCGCCAGCACUACGCCGAGCUGCGUGAGCGUCCUUUCUACGGGCGCCUGGUCAAGUACAUGGGCUCCGGGCCGGUGGUGGCCAUGGUGUGGCAGGGUCUGGACGUUGUGCGCGCUUCGCGGGCGCUCAUCGGGGCCACGAACCCGGCCGACGCUGCGCCUGGCACCAUCCGUGGCGAUUUCUGCAUCGAGGUCGGCAAGAACGUGAUUCACGGCAGCGACUCGGUGGAGAGCGCCCGCCGCGAGAUAGCGCUCUGGUUCCGCGCGGAGGAGCUCCUGUGCUGGGAGGAGAGCGCCGAGCACUGGCUGUACGAGUAGCCGGUCGGGCAGAUGUGCCCGUCUGCAGUGGGCUGUGGGUGAUUCCUCCAGGCCCCAGAGGUGUGCACACAUGUGGGACCCACCCCUAGGAACUCAGAAUACUCUUCCUGUGGCAGGGGGCACAGGAAGGCAGGUGGUGCACGCCUGCGGAGCUCUGGUUGCUACAGGCCUUCCAGUCCUGGCUGAGGUUCUCAGGAGGCCCAGCCUGGCCUGUGCCCGUUUACAGCACGUCUGGAAUGCGGCAGGGUGCCACCCUAGUACUUGGCUUGUCCCAGUACUUCUUUUUAUAAUAAAUUGAGGAACACUUU